AUUGUCGUCGUUCCUGAAUUGUUGUAUAUCGGUAUCAAAGUACACACAUCUUGCAUACUCUCACCACUGCGCCCACACAUGUACGUCCGUGUGCCCAUUUGCACACAGUGCUAAGUUAAACAUCUAAAAGAAUCAGUUCGAAAACCCCAAGUGUGUGCGUGUGCGUGCUCAACUAAGUUCUAAAACUAAUUUGCAUCUUACGAAUUGCUCGCGUUUUCAAAGCAUCGCCAGUGAAACGGAGGAAACGAAAGCUGUGCAAAUUAGCAUAGGAUAUUUUGCGGCGCUGGCAAAUAAAACAACAACUUUCGGACCCACACAAAUAACGUAUACAAACGUGGCAAGGCGCUUUUAACUAGGCUAUAGUAAAAGCUAUAUUCAUCCACUGCGAUUUCGCGGCGUGUGCAUCUCUGAAUAGGACUUCACAGCAGCAGUAUUAUAUUUACAGCGACAUAUACAACUAUCUAUCUUCCCCCAUCUAUAUCUGUUACUCGCUCGAACUAGUUUCCAAAGAAGAAAGCCCAGCAACCUCCUUACAAUGGUCGAGGGUCAAACAGCCGUGCAGCAGCAGCAGCAACAGCAGUCGAGCGGAGCUGGAAGCAGCACCACUGGAUCUGGCGGCGGAUCGGCGGCUGUGACUGCCAACGUGACCAACAGCCAGGCUCAGACGAAUGGAGGCACCACCACAUCAGCCCCAUCUGCGUCGGCGGCAGCGGGAGCGGGUGCCGGGGCCACAACAAACUCCGCUGCUGCAGCUGGCCAGGCUACCGCAAACAAUGCGUCCGCUAGCAACAAUAACAACAACAACAAUAAUAAUAACAACAACAACAACAACAACUCAACAGCGAAUAAUAAUAAUAACAAUAACAACAAUGAACCAGAUCCCAAAACAAAUUUGAUUGUGAACUAUUUGCCGCAAACGAUGUCACAGGACGAGAUUCGCUCGCUGUUCGUUAGUUUCGGUGAGGUGGAGAGCUGCAAGUUAAUCCGUGACAAGGUGACAGGCCAGAGCCUGGGCUAUGGUUUCGUUAACUAUGUCAAACAGGAGGACGCGGAAAAGGCAAUUAAUGCGUUAAACGGCCUGCGGCUGCAGAACAAAACCAUUAAGGUCUCCAUUGCCCGACCCAGUUCCGAGAGCAUUAAAGGUGCCAAUCUCUAUGUAUCUGGUCUUCCAAAGAACAUGACACAAUCCGAUCUGGAAUCAUUGUUCAGUCCAUACGGCAAGAUCAUAACUUCGCGUAUUCUUUGUGAUAAUAUCACUGGUCUCUCCAAGGGCGUGGGCUUUAUACGCUUCGAUCAGCGAUUCGAGGCCGAUCGAGCCAUCAAGGAACUGAACGGCACCACACCGAAGAAUUCCACCGAACCGAUAACCGUCAAGUUCGCCAAUAAUCCCAGCAGCAACAAGAACAGCAUGCAGCCUUUGGCAGCCUAUAUAGCACCCCAAAAUACCCGAGGCGGCAGAGCGUUUCCCACUAAUGCUGCAGCUGGAGCAGCAGCGGCCGCCGCGGCAGCCGCCAUUCAUCCAAAUGCAGGGCGUUAUAGCUCUGUGAUCUCCCGCUACUCCCCUUUGACCAGCGACCUAAUAACAAAUGGCAUGAUCCAAGGCAACACUAUUGCCAGCUCUGGCUGGUGCAUUUUUGUCUAUAAUUUGGCACCCGAGACCGAGGAGAAUGUGCUGUGGCAGUUAUUUGGACCAUUCGGUGCCGUGCAGUCAGUGAAGGUGAUUCGGGACCUGCAAAGCAACAAAUGCAAGGGCUUCGGCUUUGUUACCAUGACAAACUACGAGGAGGCUGUGCUGGCCAUACAAUCGCUGAAUGGCUACACUCUGGGCAAUCGGGUUCUUCAGGUCAGCUUCAAGACCAACAAGAACAAGCAAACGUAAUUAUUAACCAAGUUGGCUGCUGUUGUCAAUGCCAAUGCGGCGGCGGCGGCGUUGGCGGCCAAUGGUUUGGUCCUACACAAUCAUCAUCACCACCACAACCAAGGCAGCAUCGCUAGCAACAUAAACAUCAACAACAACAAUAGCUAUCAAUUUGGCAAAUACCACAACAGACAGCACAACACCAGCACCAACAGCAACAAUAGCAAUUUGAGCAAGCAGCUAAGCAAGCAAGCGACCUCGACCAGCAACAAGCAACAAUCAAUAAUGCCGCCACCUAAGAGAUUAGCCAGCAACUCUGCAACAACGGUAGCAGCAGCAGAUAUGGCCAUUGCAACUCCUCCCAACAACAGCAGUAGCAGCAGUAACACGCUGUCCAACGGCGAUGCCGCUUCUUCCUCGUCGUCGAGCAACAUCUUGAAGACAUCCACGAAGUUCAUUUACAACAAGCCGCAGAAUCACUACGAGCUGCUGCAGCAGCAGUUGCAGUUGCAGCAGGAGUUCGCGCAAUUCCUGACCAAUGUGGCCAACAGCGCUGCCGGAGGCACGGGUACGUCCAACAACAGCAGCACCGCCAACAGCUCGAUGAACCAGCGCAACGGAGGACUCGGAAUGAACGCCAAUACCCCAGCUGGUGGUGUUUCUGGCAAUAAAAACAGUAGCAACAGCAAUGGUUAUAUGCCCUCCUGGUCCAAUUAUUUCUUUUAAAGGCUUCGCUUUGGUUUUUCAUCAGCCCAUGCCCAUGAGUCAUUAAUCCUUUGUAAAAUUAGGUCCAGUUUGUUAAACAAUCAUGCGAACCCUUUGAGUUCAUUUCAAUUUUGUAGCUUUUAAUUUUGUUUAAUUUGUGAGUUAAAUACAAAUUUCAGAAGAAGCGCCUUCACUUUUGUUAAUUCAUCAUCAAAAUCUUAAAUUUUUUCCAAUGUUUAUCCUUUAGUUAUACGGCCAUGUUUAAAACUGUAGCUUAUAAUUCUUUUUCGUUUAUGUAUGACUUUAAGAACACGUCUAGUCGCCUCUCGGAAAGAGAAUAGCUUCCAGAAAGAAAGAUAAUAGGAAACAGAAACGGUAAACAGCUGUAGUUAAGUUUUUGUUUGAUGUAGAAAAAAGAACGUACACACUACGGAUAUUUUUAAACAGAGAAUAAAAUACAAAUAAUUUGAAGGCAUUUGAAGAGCCAAGAAUCCACCAAAGAAAUGAAAACAAACAUGACAAAUAUUUAAGCUAUAAAUAAAGAUGUAUAAAAAUGAGAAGCGAAACAGAACUGAAUGAUGCGUAAAUUUUGCAAAUAGACAUUGCAGAAUAGAAAAAGAAAUCAUACACAAAGCAAAAAAACAAACAAGACAUGCAUAAUAUAUAUGUUUAUG